AAUAACUCUUUCAUCUUCAAACCUCAUUCAUCUUCAAACCGGUUUCUCAUAAUCAUCAUAAACAAUAAGUCAUAACUUAGACUUCAAUGGGUGCGAAGGAUGAUAAGAAAGACUCCGGAGACAACAAGGCUGAAAGCGGAUCAACCGCGGUUGUGUUAAAGAUCGAUUUGCAUUGCGACGGGUGCGCGAAAACGGUCAAAAGUUCCAUUCGACGCUUCAAAGGUGUGGAAACGGUGAAUGCGGAUAUCGCCGGAAACAAAUUAACGGUGACCGGAAAUGUGGACCCUGUGAGCGUUAAAGAGCGAAUCGAAAAGAAGACGCAUAAGAAGGUGGAGAUAGUCUCACCUCCGAUGAAAAAGGACGGUGGUGGCGGCGGCGGUGCUGAGAAGAAAGGUGAUGAUAAGCCGCCGGAGAAAAAGUCCGGAGACAUAAAGGCAGAUGUUAAAAAACCCAAAGAGGUUCAGUCAAGUACCGUUGUGUUGAAGAUUCCACUUCAUUGUGAAGGAUGCAUACACAAAAUUAAACGAACUAUUUCUAAGAUCAAAGGGGUAGAAUCGGCAAUACCAGAUGCUAGCAAAGAUUUAGUCUUGGUGAAAGGGACAAUGAACGUGAAUGAACUUGUACCAUACUUAAAAGAAAAAUUGAAAAGAGAUGUUCAAAUGGUUCUUCCCAAAAAGGAUGAGAAAAAAGAGGAGAAAAAAGAGGAGAAAAAGGAGGUGAAAGCCGACGGUGGUGAUAAGAAAGAGAAAGCCGGCGGUGGUGGUGGUGAUGGCGAGAAGAAGAAAGCCGAGGCGAAGGUGGUUGGCGGUGAUGGUGGUGGUAAAGAUGGAACUAGAAGCAUUGAGGUGGUCAACAAGCUAGAAUAUCAUGGACAAAGUCCAUACACAUACACAAUACCAACUUAUAACCAAAGUUAUUAUAACCAAGAUUACGGCGUCUUGCCUUUUGAACAUGGGUAUGUCAUGCAAUACUCGAACGGACCUCCACCCCCGCCUCCAACAUACUAUAACGAUUCUAGUGUGCCAGAUGCAGGGAUGUUCAGUGACGAAAACCCGAAUGCUGCUUGUUCGAUCAUGUGAAGUGAACUUGACAUGAUAAACAAUCUGAACCCUGAUCUUGUCAUCUAAUGAUCACUUAGUCACGUGGUUGAGGAAUUCGCUUAAUACAAAUAGAGAUAUAGUUUUUUUAACCGAUUAAAUUGAUUGUCUUAUAUUCGGCUAGCUAGUUUUAGUAAUUAAUUUCAUGAGUCUUAUUUGUUUAUAAGAAUUAACUGUAUAAUAGUUUUGUUCUAAAUAAUAAUAAGAUGAUUAAAUUUUCUAUUA